GUCUGUGCUUAGAAAACAUUCAGUUUGGAAAUCAUUUUUUUCCCUACGAACAUUGAUAUCAUGUUGAUCACUAGACGAAUCUGACAAUCUGUUGCCAUGAUUUUUUGGCAAACGACGAGAGUUGAUGUUUCGAUAGUAUGUUUGUAUGUUAUGUUCGCAAUGGGUGUUGCACAGAUUAAUGUGGUAAAACGUGACUAUUUUACUACAAAAGACAGAAAAAUUCUUCCUAGCAGUACCACAAUAAUUCAGCACAAAUCACAAUCACUGUCAGAGUGUGCAUGUUUUUGUUCAAUACACAAAGCAUGCUGUGUUGCUAGCUAUGAUCAGAAAACAAAGCAAUGCAUCCUUGAUAAAUCCUGCUGCCCAGAAAGUGAACAAUCAGUAGAUGUAUUGAUGUUGAAGAUCCAAUCAGAUUCACUUGCAUGCCCAAACGGAUGGUUAAAAAACGGAAACAAAUGCUACUUCUACAGCGAUGAACUUAAAACUUGGACAGAUGCUAAGAUUUCCUGCGAAGCUGAUGAAGGAAUGCUUGUAGAAGUAGAUUCAAAAUGUGAAAACGACUUUAUUAAGAUGUCAGCAAGCAUGCCAAAUUACUGGUUAGGUGGAACUGACCAACAAAAAGAAGGUGUUUGGAUAUGGUCACACAGUCAGAACGUUGUCACAUUUUCUGAUUGGGACAAGGAACAGCCAGACAAUUAUAACGGCAAUGAACAUUGUCUUGAAUUGUGGCAUUACAAUGGAUUGUAUUGGAAUGAUUACCCAUGUCACGAGUUACGGCGAUUUGUCUGUGAAAAAGAUUUAUUGAAUUGAGUUGAAGAAGAAGAAAAGAUUUAGAAGACAAAGAUCACCGAGUGCAAGAAAGCAUGUGCUAUAACAAUUUGUCUGAUACAUUAAAGUGUAAAGUGUCUUACAGAGAGUUGUAUAUCUUUCAUGCAACCUUAUUGUGUGUUGUUGUGUUUGCUUCUUUAGGGUCUUCUUUUAUUAUAUAUUAAAAAAACUCAAUAUAACUGUUUGUGUAUAGAAAACAGUUUACAUAGAUCGGCUCAUAUUUUUUUCUUACUAAAAUUUGUUUAUUCCAUUUUUGAACAUCUUAUUUAUAUCAAUUUUAAAAAUAUCAACUAUCAACUGAUUCGGACUUUCGAUUUAAAAAUUAAGGAGAAUGAUUGUCCGCUUGAUAAGUGAUAUGUGUGAUAGUUGGUCUUACAAAACAUUUGUGAUUGGACUAAAGGAAAAGUAUUUUCUGGUAUUUGGUGGUUUCAAUAAGAUGAUUAUGAAAAACUACUUUGCUGGAUUGCCGUGAUUAGAAUUGAUGAUUAUAUUAUUUGUUAAAAUCAACGUUGUUCCGCUAAUGCUUUCUUCGUUCAUACAUAUUUAAGUUUGUAUUUUUUCAAUCACAUUUAAGGUUGUUCUUAUGUCAUCAUCUUGGAUUUUAAAAAAAACCGAUAACUUUGGUCUAGAUAUUUGAUAAAAUGUGCAAAUUUGAGAGUUGUAUGUAAUCUAUGUAAAAAACUUUUAUAAUAAUAUAGAAAAUUGUGUGUUUUAUCAUAAUUACAGCUGUCAUUACUCGAAACACCUUGUUUGUGUUUGAUUAGAUUUUUUCAACCUUGCCAAAUAAGGGGAAAUAACUCAGACAAGGGAAUUUUAUAAUAGAAAGUGUUAUGAAUUUACCUAUUUUGAUACGUAUCAAGAGAACAAGUUCGGUGACCCCAUUUUUUCUUUUUCUUAUCUGAAAGCAUGUUAAAAGAGCAAUUUUCUCACAUUUUAUCUUAAAGUUCUGAUAGUACGUUUUCUUUUUAUCACACAAAAUUUGAUUUUCGACGCAUAAUCUAUACAAAAUCUGACAAUUUUGCACAAUUUGUAGCGUGAAAAAAAAGUCCAGUGAACAAUGUUUUUUAGUAUAUUUUUGAAAAAAAGCAUGAUAAAAACUUUAUUUUGACAAGAUGUCCAAAACUUCUCUCAAUUUUAAUCAAGACCCCUAGCCACCUUAAGUUUUACUAAAAAUGUCUCAUAAAACUCAUAUUUGAUUAUUAUAGUCUACGCUGUUAUUUUCUUUGAUCUUUUUCUUUUAAGAAAUAAAAAGUUCUUCAGUUUCAACC